AUGCAGAAUAGUUACGAAUUUAAUGUUAAAACUCCUGAUUUUGUAAAACUGGGAUAUAUUAUUGCUAUAGCCAAUGUAGAUGACAAGCACGAUCCGUCGGCUCCUACAAAUUUCCACUGGAAAAUUUUGAAAUGCAGGAUGAUAAUAUUUUCCAAUUCUUCGAUUUUGGCUUCUCCUGACAAAAAUGACUGUAAACAAGUGCAUAUAAUUUUCAACAAAUUCGGAGACGACUACGACAAAAUCACUUCUUUGUUUAUGAAGUUCUCGCUUCGCCAAAUCAAUGGAAUAAGGGAAACGACUCCAGAUGUCUUUCAAAUGUGUUUCACAUACACAAUGACCGCGAAACUGGCUCCACUAUGGAAUAUCCUAGGACAAAGCUACUUGAUACACAACAGGGACUUCCUAACGACGAAUUUUCCUCAAGACGGAGUACUGUACAAUGUGUCUAGUAAUGAGAUAGCAACAACGCUAGAAUUGAAACCGAUAAAAAUUAACAUAAUUAGAUCGGACGAUGAUUAUGUUCCUGGCGAAUGGGUUAGAGUUUUGCCGAGCCUUUUCAAAGCCACCAUAGAUGACAUAUACGAUAAGUUACCCGAUUCGGGAUCUUUCAAACGCUACAAGGAUUUAAGGCGUCAUUGGAAAAAUAUUCAUGGGUAUCGCCUGCCGGAAGAGGAAGUUUCGUCGUACUGCGCGGUUCAGUUCUGGCGCGGAGAACCGCUGACGUAUCCGAAGCUCUGCGUUUUAAGACACUUUCCGAUCAUAACACCAAUACCUAAACCGGCAGAAACAAUUGUACUUACCAAAUUUGUAAGUUGCCUAAAAAGCAAAAUGUCUCAUUUUCUCGGUAAGCCGCUCACAAUACAACAAGUCAACUCGACAAACGAAAACAGUGGACUUCAACAUACGAGGAACGCAGCAAUUACUGAUACACAAGCUGUGAGUCUGUGUACUCCAACGCAGCUACAUCGAACUAAUUUUUAGUUUUUUACCCCAAAUUACAACAACCUUUAUUUAUUAAUUGAAGUCAUUUAAUUCCUAAAUCAUUUUAAUAUUACAAU